AUGUUCCUAUUCUGCGGCCGCAUAUCAAGCAAUACCAGGAAUGCCAGUCGGUCGCCUCUGUUUGGCGUUGAGAUCGAGGUUUACGUCAAAAUCAAACCCGAGUUCGAGGCUGCAGUCAGAGAAAGGCAGCGAACGAACCCGAGCUCCCUACCAGAGUAUUGGCGAGACUGGGAUUCUGACCUGCCGAACGACAGCGGAGAUAUUAGAGCAGGAGCAAAGCAGCUGCAACGGGUUAAUAAAGCUAUUAACGCAAUCAUCGAGAACGUCUUGGGCCCGGGCAAUGGAUGGCACUGCGAUGGGGACGACAGCCUGAAAGAAAAGCGGCUUCGAGUGCCCCCUGAGCCGAGAAAGUGGUGGGGGGUCGAGAUCGUCUCGCCGCCCAUGUCGGCAUCCAAGCAGUGGCAACUGGAGAUCGAGAUGGUUUUCGAAGACAUUGGCAAGAGGUUUGACUUCUGGACUGACACCUUCUGUUCUUGCCACGUACACGUAUCGCCCGGCCCGACCAAGGGAACCCCUUAUACGCUAGAUCAGCUCGUCAGGGUAGCAAAGGGGGCCUUCUUCUGGGAGAGCGCGCUGGAAGACCUCAUCUCGAACGAUCGUCAUCACAAUGAAUUUUGCAAGCCAAACUACACAAUCUUCGCAACCGACGAGUACCAUGCAGUCCCCGAGCGUGGCUGGGGCCCGGUAUUUGCAAAAAUCGAAGGAGCUGCUACUACCCCGGGGGCUGAGGAAGAAGAUUUUCUCAUCGAUAUGCAAGGCCCAUGGAAUCGCCCGACACGCUACCUCUCGAGCAGCUUCUGGCCAACUGAUCAGAUAGGUACAGUCGAGUUCCGCCGCCAGGCUGGGACCGCCUCGGCCGCGACCACCAUCCAUCGUAUUCUUCUCGCUCUUACACUCCAUAUCAGCGCUCUACGCUACGAUUUCGAUGGGGCCAGCAACCGGGUGGAUUUCCCACGCGGACCAGAGCUAAUCAAGGAGCUUGCCGGCUGCAUCAAAAGGCUCCCCGAAACAUGCCACGGUUCUCGAUUCGUCAACUUCCUGAAAUGGUCCCUCGAAUCCUACGCCGGCAGCAGGAUCUACACAGAGGCCCAGAUCAACCUCAGGGAGGAAGCCUUGCGCAAGGGAACCCCCCCACCCCAUCAAGUCUCCCAAAUCUCCCAAGCCGAGCAACCCCCUCAAGACCAAGGACGCCAGGCAUCGUCGUCGUCGACACCGACGCGGGCGCCCAGCGCCAGAGACACCGCCCCUCCCUCACAGCGGGGGGAGCCUUCCAACGCCGCGCCGGGACGCCAGGGAACAGCCGCCCCCUCCACGCGGGCGAGCCGGGACGCCCGGGACGCCGCGCCCCAGAGAGGAGCAGGCGGCCAGGGGCCACCAAGAGCCCCCGCGCCCUCAGGUGGCCGAGGAGGAGGAGGAGCAGCAGGCGGCGGUGCACGAGGGGCCGGCGGAGGACGGGCCGGCGGCGGCCAACAACAACAACAACAGCAGCAGCCGUCAACCUCAGCCUCCGCAGCACGCAGCCCCCCAAUCACCACAACCGGGGGCCGAAGCGGCGGCGGCGGCGGCCCCCCCGCCCGGGGCGGCACCACACUGCUGCUGCUGCUGCUGCUGCGGCUGUGGGCCGGCGCGAGGCGGAAUCUGCGGGUUGGCCGCUUGCGCGGAGGAGGAGGGCGGAGGGUGGGGGUGGGGGGUCUACGAAUCCCUACUAGGUAG